CCUUAAUUUUCUUUCUCUUUUUAGAACUAAUCAUCGCUUUCUUGUUUUAGAAAUCUGGGUUUGGUGUUCUACAAUAAUUCUUCAUCUUCUUUGAAAUUUGGGAGGAGAUGAUGUUUACAGAGGGACUGGACAGCAACGCCCUCAAAUGGGUUCGAGAGGGGUCUAGCAAUCACAAGCCGGAAGUUCGUUACACUCCGAUUCCAAGUCAGAUUGGCGGAUUCGGUGGUCUGAGUAGCCUCGGCAGAAACGCCGGGCUUCCGCCGCCGAAGCUGGGGAUGAUUCCGGCGGCUUCUAGAGUCAAUAUUCUCGGGGAUUCCGACGGGAUGGCCUCUGAGGAUGACAUGUCGACCGAUUCGGAGGGAAGAUAUUCACUGGAUUCAUCUCCACCGGACGAGAGAGUGCCCACGGGUCAGAGAUACUAUGGUAGUAACAACUCCACAGGGCGGCGGCCGCUGCAGUACAGAGGCGGCAGCGAGAGUGGUGUCUCCGGCGAUGUCAGUUCAUCAAGGGAGACAUCUGGGAGAGGGAUUGGCCGCGUGGCCGGUAGAGGAGGAGGAACUUACACAGAGGAGGAAGAUGAGGUCUCAGGUUCUGUCGCGAGUUCCGAAUUCUCAUCCAGUGUUCCUUCAAAAUCCAACAGAGGAAGUGAAAUCCAAAAGGUUGCCAUUGCUGGCGAUGGAAGUUUGAGGAAGAAAGGUUGUUUUGAUGAAGAAGACAUUCCGAGUGCGCCUCCUAUUGUUGCCGAAAUCAAACAAGAUCAUGGAAAGGUUGUUUCUCCAGCGUCCAUAGCUUCUGCAGAUGAGAAAAAUGGCGAUGUCUUAUCCAAGGAGGAUAAUGUCAAGAAUACAUCUGAUUCAUCUAUGAGAAGCAGUGUUGGUGUAGAAAAUGGAAGACCAUCUGGUGGUUCCCAUCUCAUCAGGGCUCCAACAUUUCAUGUUAGUGCACUAGGACCUUGGCAUCGAAUUAUUGCAUAUGAUGCGUGUGUUCGGCUAUGCCUUCACGCAUGGGCCAGAGGGUGUAUGGAAGCUCCGAUGUUUCUUGAGAAUGAGUGUGCUUUGCUACGCGACGCUUUCAGUUUGCAACAGGUUCUACUCCAAUCAGAAGAGGAACUGAUGGCAAAACGGUCAGAGCGGACAGAGAGUGUAACAGAGGGCACUGCUCCUUCUAAGCCUAAGCAAUUAACUGGGAAGAUGAAGGUCCAAGUCAAGAAGGUGAAAAUGGCCAUGGACCCACCUACAGGAUGCGGUUUUUCAUCCUUGAAUGCUCCACAUGUAAAGAUGGAUUGUGUAAGGAAUCACUUCUUUAACUUGCAAUCAUCAAUCAUUUCUGGAUGGAAAGCACUUCGCAAGAUCCGCUUUGCCCCUCAAGCUCCUAGAAACGGUUCAUUUUCACACCAAAGCUUGGCAUACAUGCAAGCAAGUACUCAAUAUUUGAAGCAAGUCUCUGGGCUCUUGAAAAUCGGUGUGACAUCUUUGCGCAGCAGUCCAUCAUCUUAUGAAACUGUACAGGAGUCUUACUGUUGCUCACUGCGACUAAAAAGUUCAAGAGAAGAGGAUGCAAUCAAAAUGCAGCCUGGAUCAAGUGAAACCCAUAUAUUCUUUCCAGACAGCCUAGCAGAUGAUCUAAUUCUUGAAGUUUAUAACUCCCAAGGCCAACAUUACGGUCGUGUACUUGCUCAAGUGGCGACAAUUGCAGAUGAACCGAGUGAGAAAUUGCGAUGGUGGUCCCUAUACCACGAACCAGAGCAUGAGCUAGUUGGAAAAGUGCAACUGUAUAUAAACUAUUCAGCAAUUAUAGAUGAACACAGCAACCUAAAGUGUGGUUCAGUUGCAGAAACUGUGGCAUAUGACUUGGUUCUGGAGGUUGCAAUGAAGAUUCUGCAUUUUCAACAAAGAAAUUUAUUGCUUCAUGGCCCAUGGAAGUGGUUGCUCUCGGAGUUCACAUCAUAUUAUGGGAUUUCUGAUACAUACACCAGGCUAAGGUAUCUCUCAUAUGUUAUGGAUGUGGCAACUCCAACAGCUGAUUGUCUUACAUUGGUGUAUGAACUGUUGUUGCCUGUAAUGAUGAAAGGCAAUUCCAAGUGCACGCUAAGCCAUCAAGAGAAUCGCAUCUUAGGAGAAAUUGAGGAUCAAAUAGAACAGAUAUUUGCAUUGGUCUUUGAGAACUACAAAUUGCUUGACGAGUCGGCACCAUCAGGAUUGAUGGAAAUUUUCAGACCUGCUACGGGGGUGGCACCACCAGUGCUGGAGCCUGCUGUUAAACUGUAUUCACUUCUUCAUGAUAUAUUAUCCCCAGAGGUUCAAAACAAACUUUAUAGCCACUUCCAGGCUGCUGCUAAGAAAAGAUCAAGAAGGCACUUAACAGAGACGGAUGAAUAUGUCAGUGGCAACAUUGAAGGAAUGUCAUUGGAUGCUGUGACUGUUUCUACAGCUUAUCAGAAAAUGAAAUCCCUUUGUACAAACAUCAGAAAUGAAAUCUUCACAGAUAUAGAGAUCCAUAAUCAAAAUAUACUUCCCAGCUUCAUAGAUCUCCCAAACCUUUCUUCUGCAAUAUAUAGUGCUGAACUGUGCAGUAGGUUGCGUGCAUUCCUCAUCGCAUGCCCUCCAACAGGCCCUUCACCUCACGUUACAGAACUUGUAAUUGCAACAUCGGAUUUCCAGAGAGACCUCGCCAGCUGGAAUAUCAAGCCAGUCAAAGGAGGAGUUGAUGCGAAGGAGUUGUUCCAUUUGUAUAUAAUGAUCUGGAUUCAGGAUAGACGGCUUGCUUUGCUUGAAUCAUGCAAGCUAGAUAAGGUGAAAUGGUCAGGAGUCCGUACCCAGCAUUCAACGACCCCAUUUGUUGAUGAGAUGUACGAUAGACUGAAAGAGACCUUGAGUGAUUAUGAGGUCAUCAUAUCUCGCUGGCCAGAAUACACGUCAUUUUUGGAGAGUGCUGUUGCUGAUGUUGAAAAGGCAAUCUUGGAGGCUCUGGAGAAGCAGUAUGCAGAUGUGUUGGCACCCCUUAAAGAGAACUUGGGUCCCAAGAAGUUUGGGCUCAACAAUAUUGUUCAAAAACUCGCAAAAAGAUCGGUCUGCCAUUACGUGGUGCCAGAUGAUCUUGGCAUUCUAUUGAAUUCAAUGAAACACAUGCUCGACAGACUUCGCCCCAAAAUAGAACUGCAGUUCAAGUCUUGGGGGGCAUACAUUCCCGAGGGUGCCCCUGGAGAGCGUUUGAGUGAGGUCACAGUCAUGCUCAGAUCAAAGUUCAAGAACUACUUACAAGCCGUUGUCGAGAAACUUGCAGAAAAUGCAAAGGCCCAGAGCAGCACGAAGCUGAAGAAGAUCUUACACGACUCUAAGGAUGCUCUAACGGAGUCUGAGGUGAGAAGCAAGAUGCAGCCAUUGAAGGAACAGCUGACGACCACCAUAAACCAUCUGUACAGCAUACUGGGUCCCACUGUCUUCGUAGCACUCUGUCGCGGAUAUUGGGACAGGAUGGGACAGGAUGUUCUUGGUUUCCUGGAGAGCAGAAAAGAGAACCAAACAUGGUACAAGAACGCGCGCAUAGCCAUCUCUGUUCUGGACGACACGUUUGCGUCGCAGAUGCAGCAGCAUUUGGGGAAUUCUGUGCAGGAGAAGGACAUGGAGCCGCCGAGGUCCAUUCUUGAAGUCAGAUCAAUGCUGUGCAGAGAUGGAUUUACCACUAACAAACUGGGCUCUAAUUUUUUCUAUUGAAAUUUGCCAUUUUUUUCACCCAUUCUUUCUGUGUACAUAUAUAUUUUUUUGUUUUUGUUUUACACAGAUGAUAUAUAUAAUCAAUAUCUCUUUCCUUA